AUGACGUCCAGUUCCACCCGCACCCCCUCCACCGUGGUCUCUUCGCCCUCGGCUUCCUCGCCGCUCUCCCUCGCCUCCUCUGGUCGCUCUCUCCUCGCGCGCCUCAGAUCGCCCCUCCAAAGCAAAACGCGCCAUUUUGCUGACUUCUAUAUCCUCCCCGACGAUCCCCAUCGACAGUAUGCGCCCGGCGAUGUCAUCAGCGGAAGUGUGAUUCUCAAGGUUGUCAAACCUCUGAGGAUCACGCAUUUGGUGAUUAGUUUGCACGGGUAUGCGCAGGUAUUCAAGAAUCCCAAUGCGCCUGGGGACGCCUACCGAGCGUAUAGCUCAACGAUAGGGUCGGGCAAGGGAAGGAAAGGGGGAGGUUAUUUCGGGAACGGCUUUGCAUCGUUGUUCGAAGAUGAGGUGGUGUUGUGCGGGGAGGGGAGAUUGGCAGAAGGGGUCUAUCACUUUAAUUUUGAGUUGGAGUUCCCGUGCAAGGGGCUGCCGAGUAGUAUCGAUUUUGAGCGCGGCACGAUCUCUUACAUGUUGACGGCGACGCUGACACGGCCCACGACGAUGUCCCCGACCGCAUCUUGCGAUACGAAAGUCUAUCUGCAGGAAACCGUCGACAUAGCAUCCACACCAGAACCGAAGCCACAAGUUAUAAGUCUUGAACCGAUAUCGAAAAGAGCACGGGCGAAGAGCGCAGCUCGAAAAAGGACUAUAGUGCGGACACGCAGCUCGGCGUCGACUCAGCCAGGUACGAAAAGCGAAGCUGGGGACUCCUCACGGACAGCCAGGGCCUCGGAGUUCACCCUCGGAACUGAACAAGUCAAAGCGCCGCGGAGUCCGGCGCCCAGCGAUACCAGCUUCGAAAGCCAGAUGAGCAGUGGGAAUGCGUCGGGAACGGAUUACGGCAUAAGAUCCAUCAACACUACGGUUGGGGGUAGUGCUGCGGAGGUGGAUAGGCUUGCAUCUAAGGAUAGAACAAUUACGGCUGCCAUUAAGGUCGGGAAAGGCGGGUUCCUGCGAGGCGAUCAGAUACCGAUCAAGAUCUUGGUGCAACAUACGAAACAUGUGCGGAGUUUAAGAGGUAUAAUUGUCACACUCUACAGACAAGCUAGGGUGGAUAUGCAUCCCGCUCUCCCCGUUCUACCGAACAGCAAAGGCGAUAAGUUGAAAUCGGAGGACUACUAUCCCAAAUCGAGGACAGGGCUAGGAGGCCUGUCGCUAUCUUCAGCCGGCUCAAGCCAUCUCUUCCGGAAAGACCUAUCCCAGUCUUUUGCGCCACUCUUUGUAGAUCCCAGGACCCUUACCGCAGAAAUCAAAUGCGCAGUUCGCGUUCCCGAAGAGGCCUUCCCUACCAUAUCAAACGUUCCCGGCGCAAUGAUCAGCUUCAAGUACUUUGUCGAAGUUGUCGUAGACAUUCAGGGUAAACUCACCCGUCUAGACCGGCUUCUCCCCAACGCAGGUCUCGUCAAUGUCCCGUCCGCAGCUGGCCUUGGCACCGCCAGCGAAGACGGCACCGGAAGCAUGUUUUCCACAUGGGGGGGCACGUUCGUCGAUACGGAGGGGCUGAGGCGCGAAAAGGGGGUGAUACACAGUGUCUUUGAAGUUGUCAUUGGAACGAAAGAUAGUGAGCGGAACGGGAGAAGAAAACAGCCUGCUACUACGAACAACGCUCCGCAAGAAUCAGACGCCAAUAUAGAAGGGGAUGUCAAUGACCAGGCGGCCGUGCAUGAUGUAUCACUCCAGACUCAGGAAGACCCCUACGGUUAUCCGGAUUACCAGUGUGGAUAUGGAGACGAGUCCUACGGUGAUUAUGGCUACGGCGCAACGUACUCGGGCCUCACUUACCAUGACUCCACCCCCGCAUACUAUGGUCCACAAAACGGACACCACCCUCCUCCUCCGUUACCUCCGGUUGCCGCCCCCGCCGCCGCCGCAGAUGAAGAAGGUCUCUCAGAAAAAGAACGCAUCCGCCGAGCAGAAGCGCGUCUUCUUCCCUCCCAACCCCCAGAUCUAGCAGGUCCGUCCGCUCCAGCGGAGAGCUCUUCACAUCCACAUCUACAUGAACAUCCAAGACCUGCGGUAUUACUGCCGUCCGCACCGGUUUUACCAGAGGAUGGUGAUGAUAAUGCGAAUGCGUCGGGUAGACUUCCGCCGUUUCCUAGGGGAGGAGUGUCAUCGUCGAUGCGCAGGAGGGGAACGGGUGAGGAGGGAGUGAGUACGAGGAAUACAGGCGCCUGUUCUCUGGCCACGGUUACACCCGUGGCGACGACGCCGCAUCUGCCAUAUCCUCCGCGUGUAGCAGAGGAAGGUGUUGGUGCAGACAUGCCAACUCCUCUCCCUUCUCAGGAAGCAAAUCAUCCUAUACUGACCUCCCAGCCGCCAAACCCCUCGUCGUCAGCACCAGAAUACUUCCCAUCUGAGUCUUCUGUUGGGCCGCACGUAUACUCGCGCCCGACCGAUGAUAAACAAGAGCUUCAGAGGAGGCGGUUGCAGUUGGAGACGAGUGCGCCGCCCGACGAUGAUGAAGACGUUGGCGACUCGGCAGGGCCAUCAGCCCCAUCAGUCGAAGGAGUGAGGGAUUUGGCGAUCAGGCCUUGUGCACCGAACGCUCAACGUGAUGGGGAAGGUCCGAGAGCGGAAAGCCGGCAACACGGAGAGAGACACGAGGGAUCUAAUAGUGGAAAUCGUGAUUCCCAGGAAGAGGCGUUACCUGCAUAUCGGCGAUGA